CGUCCCCGCCGGACACGUCGGCGGCGCGGCUAGCGGAGCCGGAUGUGCCAAGAUGGCUGCGGAGGUUUCCGUGUCUGCGCUGUUCGCCGCUGCCGGGUGGGCUCCGACCCGCGGAGCCUGAGAGGCGGGCCACAGCCGCGCGGGGUGGCCAGGAUGUCGCAAGGGAGGUCGAGGACGGUGCUCUCCAUCAGGGGUAGAGGAAUGCAGGUGUUACAGCGGAGCUCCCAGACACGCUAAGCCACUUGGAAUCAGUUUUUACUGUUUCGCUUAAAAACGUCUCUAAACGGCUGUGCAUCUUAAGGAAGAGCUUUACCCUGCCUCUGUAAGCAGCACCUCCUGUGUAGGAGACCCAUCAUGCAGCCGCCACCCCAGACGGUCCCAUCUGGUGUGGCUGGACCCCCUCCGGCUGGGACUUCCCGGAGCAUGUUCUGGGGUAGUGGCGGCGGCUACAGGAAGCCAGUCAGUAGUAGUGCCCUGGCAGCUCCACCUUGUCCACUGCAGCCAGUCACGGAUCCGUUUGCUUUUAGUAGACAGAUGCUCCAAAACACCCCUCUGAAUACUUCACCCAAGAGCAGCCUUCCUGCCAGGAAUGACCCAGCCCUGCCAAUGUUUUCUCAGUGGCCUGGCCUGCCUAUUCCUCAUGCCAGUGCUGGGGACAGUGCCCGAGGACCCCAGGAGCCUCUGGCAGGACCUCUGUCACAGCUCAGCACAGAUCCAUUUGCUGGUGUGUCCAACUCUCCAUCGCUGCCCGGGCAUGAGAUGAGCAGGAGUGCCGAAGUCAGUUCCAGCUCAGGACCUGAAGUUCUGACUGCCCCGCUGCAUCCAUCCCACUACAUUCCAGGAGGAGGGCCUGACCAGUCUCAUGGGGCCCAUCAGCAUGGGCCACCUACACCGGCGCAGUGGGGACCAGUGCAGGGCAGCCCCCAGCCCUCCCAGCAGUAUCAUUCACCUGGCCCAGAAGGACUGGUCCAGAGUGUGGGGCCCCAAGCCACCAGUACUCCCCAACUCCCUGCCCCAUCAAGCCUGCACCAUGGCUCUGGCUGCGAGCCCCAUGCCCAGCUGGCAUCUCCUCUGACCCCUUUGGCCAGUGGCAGAGGAAACGAGGCAGCCCCCUUGCAAAGUGGAAACCACUCAGUAGGUAACUUCCACCCUGAAAAUUCAUUCGGGCACAAUCCCAGGGUCGAGAAUAUGUGGGAAAGCCAGGAGUUCAGGCAGAAUCCAGGAGCGAAUCCAGAAGUGAAAGAGCAUUUCCGGGACCCUGCCCCUGGGAAUCCCCUCACUCAGGGAAAUAGUCCUGAAAACCACAUCCACUAUCCCGCAGGGCCUGGGACUAGCCAAGCCUCAGCGGAAACAGCCUCAGGAACGCUCUCCAUGUUUUUCCAAGGGGAAGAGACAGAAAAUGAGGAGAAUCUCUCAUCCGAAAAGGCAGGGUCAGCUGGCCACCUGGACUUCGAUGGUUUCUCCCCCAGCCCUGGACUGGGCCACCUGCUCCGCCCUGCACAUGGGGCUGGUAUUGUCCCUCAGGCCUUUCUUCAGGGCUCCCACAGUGAGACCACACAGCAGGAAGGAGGCACACAGCCUUAUUUCUCUCAUUCUGCAGGCAGCCAAAAUGAUAAACAAACCACUAACAGUGCUGCUAGUGACACUUGGGGUGACACAGUGAGUGCAGGGACCUGUGAUGCUCGUGGCUCACAGUAUGAGAAUGUUGAAAACUUAGAAUUUAUUCAGAAUCAAGAAGUGCUGCCGGAGGAGCCCCUAAGUUUGGAUGCUUCCUCCUCAAGUGAUCCGUUCCGACGCGGGCUCCUUCCUGGACCACCUGUCUCCAGGCAUAGUACCGUGGGCCUCACCCGCGGUGGGGCACUGAACCUUGAGGCCCCGGACACACCCGUGCACCCAGUUCGAUCUGACAGCAUGUCAUCCAGCUACAGCAGCCAGAGCCACCGGAGUCUCCCUGGGUCGGCCAGGUCCCAGGAGCUGGUGGGCACAUUCAUCCAGCAGGAAGUGGGAAAGCCCGAAGAUGAAACGACAGGCAGUUUUUUUAAGCAAAUUGAUUCUUCUCCUGUGGGAGGCGAUUCAGAGGAGAUUGGUGGGAACCAGAAUUACUACAGCACUUUGUCUCAGCCUUCCACUCCAAGCCCACCCAAACCUACAGGUAUAUUCCAGACAAGUGCAAAUAGUUGUUUUGAGCCAGUAAAAUCCCAUUCAGUUGGGGUGAAGCCAGUUGAGGCAGAUCGUGCCAACGUGGUGGGUGAAGUGAGGAGCGUCGGUGACAGCAUGAAGAAGCACAGACCUGUGACCGCACCACCUGACGCCUCCCCAGGCAACCUGGAGCAGCCGCCGGACAACAUGGAGACACUGUUUGCACCCCAGGCCUGCCCCCCGCCUCUUCCCCCGACUGGGGAAGCUGGACAUACAGUGGCACCCCCCUUGGAUAUGGUGCGCCCAACUCCAGAGAAGAGGCCCUUAGCCAGGGCCCAAGGGUCCGUGAAGUGUGAGAGCCCCGCAACGACCCUCUGGGCACAAAAUGAGCUGCCAGACUUUGGUGGCAACGUGCUCCUAGCCCCCGCGGCUCCUGCACUGUAUGUACCUGCAAAGCCUCAGCCACUAGCAGUCGUUCAGCCUCCAGAAGAGAGGCUGCCUGGGCAGCAGUCGCGGAAACCAGCCCCUGCCCACCCCUUGCAGAGCCGAGCUCACCUGAGUGCUUCAGAGAACCUCGAGAACCCUCCCAAGGUGGGUGGCCACGCAUCCCUUCAGUGCCAGGCAAGUUCCAGUUACGCAAGUUUGCUGUCCUCGCCACCCACUGAGGCUUUGCAAAAUCAGCCCGUCCUGAUUGCCCAGCCUGAUCAAAGCUAUAACUUGGCUCAGCCCAUUAAUUUUUCUGCGUCUUUGCCGAAUCCUACCGAGAAGAAUCAGUCCUGGGGAGAGGCUUUGUUGGGGGACAAAUCCGCAGUGAGCAGCCGGGCCCUCGGCACUGAUUCUGGUGAACAUGCUGCUUUGUCCAGGGUCGCACCCAGUGCUGCGGUUGGCUUGUCUCUGCCUAAUGGUGUCAGUAAUAUUCCACAGGGGUCCAGCUCUUCUGAAAUGGGUUCUAAUCAGCCUGCUAAUUUGCUUGUGCAGCCACUAUCCCUUCCAGUUUCUAAGACCUUGCUUCCAGAAAGGCAGAGGACUCAGAAUUCAGAAAAGCUUCUUCCUGAGUUUAUUAACAGCCCUGCUGGAGGCACAGGUGUGGUGUUAGUCCCCCCUGCGAGCAGUACCUUGGUGCCUAGCAGCUUGAAGGCAAAUCACUCCAGUAACCAGGAAGAAGCCACUGGAGCCUUAGACUUUACACUGAGCAGAACUUUGGAAAAUCCUGUAAGACUGUACAGCCCGUCCUACUUGGAGGGCCCAGCCGCUCAGCAGGCUGCCACCAACCCUCCCAGACAGCCUGUGCCUGGGGCGCGUAAUCCAGGCCUUUUCUACCAGCAGGUGAGGGAAGAUGACCAGGACCAGCAAGGCCUCGGAGCCCAGGCAGAGGCGGUGCUCCCUCAGGUGCAGGCUUCUCCCCCACAAACGCCCCAAGCAGCUUCAAAUGCAGAAAGUCCCCUGACACAAGGACAGUCCCAGAACUCAGCCCAGCCACCAGCAAGUUCGGCCCUGGCUGACUCGGGCCAGAAGCCCCUGCCUCGGCCCCCUCAGUCCUCCAGCGCAUCGGCUGUUUCCACUGACUCAAGCCAGGCAGCAGUGCGGCCUGAGCAGCCAUGGCUACAGCCACCACCUCUGAGUGCGUUUGGCCCACCACCUCAGGACCUGGCAUCCUACUACUAUUACAGACCCCUGUAUGAUGCCUACCAAGCUCAGUACCCAGCACCAUACCCGUCGGACCCUGGGACAGCCUCGUUCUCUUACCAGGACAUCUAUGCCCUCUACGAGCACCGCUACAGGCCCUACGACAGCUCCGCAUCAGCCUACGCCGAGAGCUACCGCUGUCCCGAGCCUGAGCGGCCCAGCUCUCGGGCGAGUCACUGCUCAGACCGGCCCUCUGCCAGGCAAGGGUAUCCCGAAGGGUACUAUAGUUCCAAGAAUGGAUGGAGCAGCCAGAGCGAUUACUAUGCAAACUAUUACUCCAGCCAGUAUGACUAUGGAGACCCGGGCCGCUGGGACCGCUACUGUGGCUCUCGAUUCCGGGACCCCCGCACCUGGGACCGGAGGUACUGGUACGACGCUGAGUACGACCCGCAUAGGAAGGAAAGCUACACAUACAGUGGCGGCAGGCCUGAGAAGGGUGAUGACCACUGGAGAUACGACCCUCGCUUCGCCGGGAGCUUCGACGACGAAGCAGAGCCCCACAGGGACGCCUACGGGGAGGAGGCGGACAGGCGCAGCGUGCACAGUGAGCAGUCGGCGCACAGCCUGCCCAGCCGCCGCAGCAGCCUCAGCUCCCACUCCCACCAGAGUCAGAUCUACAGAAGCCACACUGCGACUGCCGCCUCCUUCGAGGCCCCCCCUCCCCCGGGCUCCUUUCACGGGGACUUCGCCUACGGCGCCUACAGCAGCAACUUCAGCGGUGCUCCUGGCUUUGCAGAGUACGGCUAUCCUGUGGACACCUGGCCCGCUGUGGAGCAAGUUCCGUCCAGGCCAACGUCUCCUGAGAAGUUCUCGGUGCCACAUCUCUGUGCCAGGUUUGGUCCUGGCGGUCAGCUUAUCAAGGUGAUCCCUAACCUGCCCUCGGAAGGACAGCCUGCCCUGGUGGAGAUCCACAGCAUGGAGACCUUGCUGCAGCACACGCCGGAGCAGGAGGAGCUGCGUGCGUUUCCGGGGCCCCUUGGAAAAGGCGACACCCACAAGGUGGAUGUCAUUAACUUUGCACAGAACAAAGCGACAAAGUGUUUACAGAACGACACCCUGCUGGACAAGGAGUCUGCGAGUCUCCUCUGGAACUUCAUUGUCCUUCUGUGCCGGCAGAAUGGGACCGUGGUGGGAACAGACAUCGCGGAGCUCUUGUUGCGAGACCACAGAACAGUGUGGCUUCCUGGGAAGUCGCCCAAUGAGGCAAAUCUGAUCGAUUUUACCAAUGAGCCUGUGGAGCAGGCGGAGGAGGAGGAGUCUGGCGAGGCCCAGCUCUCCUUCCUCAUGGACAGUCAGGCAGCCGCCACCAGCACCCUGGAGAAGGAGACUGAGAGAUUCCGGGAGCUGCUGCUCUAUGGCCGCAAGAAGGACGCGCUGGAGUCCGCCAUGAAGAAUGGCUUGUGGGGCCACGCCCUACUCCUGGCCAGCAAGAUGGACAGCAGGACCCAUGCCCGCGUCAUGACCAGGUUUGCCAACAGCCUUCCCAUCAAUGACCCCCUGCAGACGCUCUACCAGCUCAUGUCUGGGCGCACACCUGCUGCGUCCACGUGUUGUGGAGACGAGAAGUGGGGGGACUGGAGGCCACACCUUGCCAUGGUCCUGUCCAACCUGAGCAGCAGUGUGGACGUGGAGUCCAGGACCAUGGCCACGAUGGGCGACACCCUCGCCUCCAAAGGCCUCCUGGAUGCUGCGCACUUCUGCUACCUCAUGGCCCAGGUUGGAUUUGGGGUGUAUACGAAGAAAACCACAAAGCUCGUCUUGAUUGGAUCAAAUCACAGCUUGCCAUUUUUGAAGUUUGCCACCAAUGAAGCUAUUCAACGGACAGAAGCCUACGAGUAUGCUCAGUCCCUCGGGGCCCAGACCUGCUCCUUACCUAAUUUCCAGGUGUUCAAAUUCAUCUACUCCUGCCGCCUGGCUGAGAUGGGACUUGCCACCCAGGCCUUCCACUACUGUGAAGUGAUCGCCAAGAGCAUCCUAACGCGGCCGGACAUCUACUCGCCCGUGCUGCUCGGCCAGCUGGUCCAGGUGGCUUCCCAGCUGCGCCUCUUUGACCCUCAGCUGAAGGAGAAGCCAGAGGAGGAGUCUUUUGUGGAGCCUGCGUGGCUGGUCCAGCUGCGGCAUGUGCACAGGCAGAUUCAGGAGGGCACUGUGCCCUGCAGCCAGGAUGGAGCCGACCCCUGGCAGUGUCCCAGCACGCCGGGCUCUGAAGCGGAGCAGUUGGACGGCCCCGGACUCGGCCAGCUGGUGGGGCUGGAGACUGAGCCAUCCCUACUGCCUGGCCCAGAGUGCCUGAGCCCAGGCGGGCAGCUCCCACCCUCAGCUUUGCAGACUCUCCCUGGCGGCCAGCCACCCCACCCCGCUAGGGUGCCGAUGUUCCCAGUGCCAUCGCCCUUGGGCAAUCUGGAGCCAGGUCCUGGUUACGGAACCCCAGGGUCUGCACUCGGCUUCCCAGAGCCCCCCAGGCCUGAUCCUGUGGCUCUGUACCCGGGGCCAGGCCUGCCAUCUGGCACCUCAUCUCUGCAAGACAGUGGUCCCCUUCUGCAAGCCCAGAGCCUGGACCCAGGUACGGUGCCACGGGAGUCACCUGUCAGAAACUCACUGCCCGAGCCAAGCGAGGAGGAUUUUGGUGGAAAUUUUGCUAAUCUGGGCUCCCCAAGGAUGGCACAGGACCUGGAGACGCCCCCAGCCUGGAACAGCGCUGGCUCAGGAUCAGCACAGCCUGCCCCGCCUCUGACACCUGUGCCUGAAGCCAAGAGAGCAGCCCCGGCAGUCAGGAAAGAGACCAGAGAAGCCAAGAAGAGCGAGUCCUGGUUCUCUCGCUGGCUCCCUGGGAAAAAGAGGACGGAGGCGUACCUGCCGGACGACAAGAAUAAAUCGAUUGUUUGGGACGAAAAGAAAAACCAGUGGGUGAACUUAAACGAGCCAGAAGAGGAGAAGAAGGCUCCACCCCCACCUCCCAUGGCGUUCCCCAGAGCCCCUCAGGGCACUCCCCCCGGGCCUGGCGGGCCUCCCACAGCCUCUGUGAACGUGUUUUCCAGGAAAGCAGGUGGAUCCAGAGCUCGCUAUGUGGAUGUCUUGAACCCAAGCGGGGCCCAGCGGAGUGAGCCAUCCCUGGCCCCUGCAGAUUUUUUUGCUCCACUCGCCCCGCUUCCGAUCCCGCCUAAUUUGUUUGUACCAAACCCAGAUGCAGAGGAGCCGCAGCUUGCAGAUGGGGCUGGCAGUGGGGGGCAGGUACCAGCUGGGGCUCAGGCCGAUCUGGAGCCCACAGAGGACCCCAAGCUGUCACGCUGGAGCUCGGUGAGCUCGCUGUCCCGGGAAGUGGGCCAGCAUUUCCAGCAGGCUCCCAGUGACCCCCGUGCGGCAGGGGGCCCUGCCUUCGGUGCUGUGCCCCUCUGCAGCCCCAGCCAGGCGGCCCCGACCUCCGCCACCUCAGGGAGCUCACGGCCCACAAGGAUUGGCCAGCGGAGAUACCCAGCACUCAACUAGAACUGUCCGUCGUCUGGCCUCGAGGUUGGGACCCUGAAAUGACUGCUGUCUACCAGGAGCCAGAUAGGCCUCUCAGAGUGUCACGGUUCCUGAGUGGACACAGCAGUAACUCGGCCGGUCAUACUGUGCGUCUCCCCUCUCCUGCCUAUCUGUAUUCAUUAUUGCAAAAUUAAUUCCACGGUCCUUUUAGGAUCCUGAGUACAUGAAUCCACUCAGACUUUUUCACAUAAAGGAUGACACUCCUUCCUCAGUUGCUUAGGAUGAUUUAGGGACGUGGUACAGACACUGGAGCGUCGAUGAAGAGAAGCGGGGUCCUGGCGUGGUCCCACACUUCCUGAGGAUCACGAGAGGAAAGUGCCCAAGAGGGGCAGGUCCCGAUCCACUGCAGCCUGGCUGGUGUGCUACCGCGGUCAGCAGCGGCUGGCAGUGGAGGAGAGGCCUGGUUACUGCGGGGCCUGUGUCUCUUUGGGGGUGAAGACAUGGGCAGCCUAACUAGGACCUGGGUGACUCAGGUGCCCAAGCGGGUGGCCCAGCACUGUCACCUGGAGAGCUGUCGAGCCUGCGCUCCUGGUCUGGUUCCAUCCCCAGUGGCAGCCUACAGGUGCCUGUCCCAGAGACGCCAGUAGGGCUGGGGCUCAGGGUGGGUGUGCAGCGGCUGCCCACCCCAAGUGCCCGUGCCAGACCUUGGCUGCCGCGCCGCAGAGCCUCAUGCCCCAGUGACUGCUCUUAGAACUUCUUACUGACUGUGGGGACUGGGAUGGUGGGGAGAUUCAGAUAUUUAUGAAAUCAGUAGGUAAUAAUGUAGGUUCUGCUGGGGGAACAUAAACGGUUUGGUAUUUUAAGUAGAGAAACUAGAAUGUGGAAUUAGUACAGUCCUCCCAGUACCCUGGUUCACCUCAUCCUCCAGGCGAGACCCAGAGCAGUUUCCAGAACGUUUCACAGGCGGCCUGGAGCCCGGCCCAUCACUGGGAAGGCGUCCCCGGGCGCGCAGUGCUGGUGGCCCCAGUUGGGGCCCGGACCCCGGCUUGCUGGAGUCCAGCCCUGCGCAGGGUCUGUGUCAACUGCCAGCCACUUUUGAUCCAAGAAGCUUCCUCCGAGGCAGGAGCUGCUAUUUUUCCUAAAUGCAAAUUGUUAAAUAAAAUAUUUUGGGCUCUCAA